AUGGACGGAGGAGAAACAACGGAGGUGCCAGUUUCCCAGUGCACUCCACAUCAGCAGAAGCAUCACUUACUACCCCUCACAGACAAGGCCCAUCCCCCCAGCCACCUGUGCUCCCAAAGAGGGCACCAAGGAGAGCGCCAACCCACACCCUGCAUCAAGCAGCAGACAGGCAACAUGGACUUUAUGACCGUCCGGACCAGGGCAGUCAGGAAUGCAGGGAAGCGCAGCAUCAGCAGAUCGGCGCUCCAGCCCCCAAACCCCAGCCUCCCCCUGUGGCACCGCGCUGCAGAGCUCUGUACCAAGUACAUUGGUCAGGACACGAUGUGA